CUUCCAAUGAGUUCCACUGAUUCAGGCGUCUUCUCCACUACGCCUUCUGGUCGUCUCAGUGGCGCCACCAUUGGGACUGGGGCGGGUGCAAGUGGUUCUGGCAGCUCGGCAUACAACGCCUACAAUGCCUAUCACACGACUGGCUCUACGGCUACUGCCGCCAUUACAAGCAUUGGCCCUCCCAGCAUCAUUAACAAUGGUCCCAUAGGCAGCACUAGCAGCAUUGGGUAUUCUGUGCCGUUCACUCGUCAAUUGCCAGAACGUAGCACUCUGCAGCAUGUGCCUAUCUCCUCCAGCGGAACUGGAGGUGGCAACUCUGGUCGUCACCCUAUGCCAAGUGCUUCGGGCCCUUUCACGGGCGGAUCAUGUUCUGUUACUGGAAACAGGGGUGGAAAUGGAGUUGGCGGUGGCUCGUUUCAGGUUAUGAUGACGGGCGGGCGCCUAGUCCGCCAUCCAGGUGCCUCGGCCAUUAAUCAGCAAGCUACCACCGGAUCUUCCUCUUCAGCUUAUCUGAGUGGAUCAACAGCCGGUGUGCCCGCAAGUGGGGCUGUUUCCUCACAACAAUCCCAUGAACACCGGCAGCAGCAGCAACAGCAGCAUGCGUCGAUAUACUUUUCAAACCAAUCAGCAAAUGCGGAGUUGGGCCAGUCUCAGGUACUAAUGGAAUCAUUGACUUCGUUGACGUCCACUCCUACACCGUCUCCGUACCAUCAUUACCAAAAUCAACAUCAACAGUCACCGUUUCAGCACCAACAAUCUCAGACGGGCGACAACAUUCCAUCAGGAGGAGUGUGUGAGCCUAAUGGCAUGAGAGACUGGCCACCAGGCCGGUCGGGAACGACGAUUGGUGGCACAGGAAGUUCUUCUUCGUGGCUAACGCCGAAACCACGUGCAAUCAGCCCUACCGCCCUGCCGACUGUCUCUACUUCUCCUUUGAGCCCCAGUAAUGGAUUAACAGCGCCUUGUCCAAUCGACGACUACCCUUUUGGCCCUACGGCCUCUGACUUAGUUGGUGGCACCAGUGGCUUUCGUGGACACUUACGCGGUACCACGAUGCCUCACUCCAAAGCACAGCCAUGUUCGUCGUCACCAGCCUCAUCCUCAUUUGUCUUAGAUCCGAGUCCUCAACCACCUUCGCAUCGAUUUUUUCCUUCGGGAACUGGUGCCAUCACCUUCGCGACAUCUGGUCGCCUCAUCCCUUCAUCAUCUUCAGCAUCAACUUCGAUUUCUGUCUCUCCAGCUACUGCAACAGCCAAUGGCGCGACAACAUCGUUGCUACCUAUCGGAACUCCAACCACAGUUAUAUCGCCUGUUGCUGCCACUACUGCGGCCUCGUCCAUUACUAGUACUGGUUCUGCUUGCUUGUUAGGACCUGGUAAUCUGUCUCGCACCAACUCCUCCGAAGACGACAAAAGAAAAGCUGCUUCUGUGGGCCCAUUAGGCGAAUUUUCUAGUUGUAUGCAGCACCAAGGGAAUCAUCAUCAUCAACAGACGCCACCGCCUCCUGCCCAUUCAUACAUUGGAAUGACUUCCAUCUAUCCGGGUGGGCCAAUUAACAGUAGCGCUGGCGGAGCAGGAACUGGUGGCCGCGGUUUUAAUUUUUUCAAAACGCUCACCACAAGAAUCUCAAGAAGAUGUCUUUUUUGCUCUUAA